AUGAACCCACAGUAGUAAUCUAAAACCAAAGUGUUUAACAACUAGUAUUCCAUUAUCAAAAAGCUAUCUUCCGGUUCAUUCGGAGUAGUGUUUCUUGGCUAGGACAUCAUCUCCAAACAAGAAGUGGCUAUAAAGGUCGAAAAGGAAGAAAAUGAAGAAGUUAAAUCUUUGGAAAGAGAAGUGCAGAUUUUGAAGAUACUAGAUGGACUGGAGGGGUUUCCUAGGUAUUAUUGGUCAGGAGAGGAUCUCGGAUACAACAUCCUAGUUAUUUAAUUGUUGGGCAAAGAUUUGGCUUUCCAUUUCAAAUAGCUCAAGAAAUUCAACUUGAAAUCCGUCCUAACCAUAGGAAUAUAGGCUGUAAGUCUAUUAGAGAGAGCUCAUUUAAAUGGAGUAAUACACAGAGAUUUAAAACCUGAGAAUAUGAUAUUGGGAUUGGGGAAUGAAAUUUCCAAGUUACACCUGAUUGAUUUCGGGAUCAGCAAAGUCUAUAGAGAUGAAAAUGGAAAACAUAUGUAAUUGAUCCAAUAAAACCUAGCUCUUUCAAGGAUUAAAAGUCUUUUUUAGGAACUACUCGAUAUGCGUCAAUUCAGGCUCAUUUAGGUCAUGAAUUAGGAAGAAAAGAUGAUUUGGAGUCCUUGAUGUACAUUUUGCUUUACUUUUUGCGUGGGUAAAUAGAAAUAUAUAAAUAAGAUAGUUACCUUGGUAGAACAUGGGGAAUGUGACAGAUGAGGAGAGAACUAAAAAAGUAGGGGAAUUAAAGCUCUCACUUGAAAAUGAAUUGUUCAGGGAUUAACCUCCAGAGUUUUAGAAGAUUUAUAAGUAAAUUGUCCAUUUAUUUAAAUUAGCGCAAUAAGAAGAUUGCAAUUUAAGCAAGAACCUAAUUAUAAGAUGAUAAUACAAGAACUCAGAAAGGCAGCAGAAUCUUUGAAUAUUGUUCUUGAUGGAAAUUAUGAAUGGUCGGAAAUAAGAUAGUCCACCCAUUAUUAAACAGAUACAAAUUAGAAUUUAAGUAAAUAGAAUAUUUAGUUCAACAAUUCAAAUGAGAUGAAAAAAUCUAUUGAAAAGUAAUUAUCAGGAGCUAUUUAACAUGGGUAAGAGUAUUAAUUAAACUUGAGCUCAUAAAACUUUUUGGCUCCCCCUCCAUUGUCCUCUCGACAUAAUUCUAUUCAAAGAGAUGAUGCUAGAAAGAAUACUAAUUUGACUUAACAAAGCAGUAUAGGAAAUUACUGUCAAUCUUUGAAUCCAAAUUACUAGAAAUCCAUUUGUGAUGAUAAGAGUGGAAGCAAACAAGAUCUUUUCUAAAAUAAAUAGUUAAGUUUUGAUGAUGAAAAGAUUUCAAAUUUUGACAGCUUUGAAAUUAUAGAGAAUGGAGACCUAUAGCAACCUUUGGUAUAAAAGUAUGAAAAAUUGAGAAAAGGAAUGAAAAUGUAAUAUUAAUAUGAUAUUUUAGUAAUCUCAUACAAAGUUUGAAAAAGUAAACGAAAUGA